AUGUUCGAAGACUUUCUAUCUGAUCCAAAAUAUUCAAAUUCCAAAAAAAAGCAUAAACAGCUUCAAAGGCUAUUACUUAAAUAUAUUGAAGUGCAGAAAUUUCAGGAAAUCAAAAGUAAUGAAGAUUUGACAUUGCAGCAAAGGCAAAAGUUAAAUAAGGCUAGAACUAAAAAGAAAAUACUCAAGAAAAUACAUGAAGAACUUAAUGAAAGGAUAAGACCUGAGGAAACUUUCGAAAUAUGGCAUCUCUAUAAAAAUUUGAAUUUGGAUAGACAAAAAUCAGGCAAGAAGUAUAACGCAAAUGGCCAGGGAAACAUGACAGAGAAGUUAAUGGAUGACUUAAUUAACUCUAAUGAAAAUGAUGAGGUUGAAAGUGAAGAGUCGGAUAAUGAACAAUCAGUAGAUAACCAACUAGAUAGGUUUUUAAAUUCAUUUGACCUGUCAAGUACAUGGACUAAAGCGAAUUUUUUGAUUAAAACAAAGGGGCUUGAAGUACUCCCACACGACUCAUUAGAAACGGACUCGCCUAGUAUGAUAAGAAACGGCAAUGUUGGUUUAAGGAAUCAUCAUAUAAACAAUCUUAAAACUUUAUUGCACGUAAAUAUUCUUAGGCGUAAUUGGGGAUUAGCAUAUAAAAUUUUUUGUUUACUUAUUAGAUUGCCAAAAGUUGAUAUUCGGUCAUUGUGGCCAUUAGGAAUUGAGAUUUUAAAUAGGCAGAGAGAAGAGACAGCUUAUGAUAAUAAAGAUAUUAAGUUAUUUAAAGAUGAAAAGUUUUUUGAUUGGUUGUCGUCAUUUUUCAUAAUUAACAGACAUAGUAACACAUUCAAUUUGAGUAACACAAGGAAAAUAUCAGCCCCUAUCUGGAGAUCUGGGUCUAAAACCCAUACACCGAUGUACGUGAUAACUUCGUUAUGGGGACUAAUGAUCAAAAAUAAAUAUACAAGAUUGAGAGAUAGACUUGACGAAUUAUUAUUAGAGCCCCCAUACGAUACUGAUGGGGUAUUUUAUUUCCUAAUGGCACUAUGCAAGCUUUUAGAGAAUUUUAAACUAGCGAAUAAAUUUUCUAGUUUUGGAAACGAAGCACCAAUAGAAGAAAGUGAAAAUGAAGAUAAUGAUGAAAUGGAUGAUCUCUUUUUCACUUCCAAAAAUGAUAUACAUAAAAAGGUCAUAGAAAAUCAAAAGGUGAUCGAGAGAAAUUUGGAAAAAUGUAAGGAGUUUAAUUUCGAGUUCCCUAAAUCCCUACUAAAUAAUGAAAUUAACGGAAUUAUGAAACAAAUAAACGAAGACCAUAACGACUCCAACUCACCGUUAUCGUCGAGCUCUGAAAGAGAUUUCGAUAGUGAGAAUGACAUUCACAUAAGGAAUAUUUCAAGUACACCUCUAGAUGUGGAGCCGAUCUUUGGAGACAUUGAUGGCAAGGUUAAAAGUCGUCAGAACAGUAUUGAUUCAUAUGAGAAUAAGCUGAGUUUUGAAAACGCCGAAAAUAAUGAAAUGAAUAAUAAUUUAGAAGAAAACAGUCAGAGUAUGAAUUUCGAUUUUGAUUUUGAUUAA